UAGUGAAAAAGGUUGCACUGUGCAGGGGCACUUACCCUGCGCCCUUUCAAACCCUUAGCCUCUUCCUUCUCCAUGGUAUGUAAGUUUGCAGCACUUUAUAAAACAUCCGUGGUCCGAAAUCAUUCCCAAAAUUUCUUGACAAUGGCGGGAGGGCGGCGUAAUGCGGGAUGGUGGGUCUUCGGACUCCGGGUCAGUCGCUUUCAGAUCCGGUGACUGUUAUGGCGAUAAGUUCGGUGUCUUGCGCAUGGAAAGAUUUGGUGAAAUUCGAAGCCGGAGAAUAUUGUUGAAAAUUCCCAUACAGUCGAUCUGUAGGGCGGGUUUCUUGGUUAAUAGCACAUUUUUGUUAGAGCCACAAAUUGUUCCUCCUUAGUUCUACUUUCGCUGAUACUCGUUACAUUUCAUCAAGUGAUCCAUGGCAACAUGUUCUUGAGCAUCAAGAGGAAGAUAAUCGAGCCGUAUCUGGUGAUACGGCAGAGCUUGGCGCCUCUCAAGCUGUCCAGGUGGCAGCUUACGAAAAUCAUGGCCCGCACAGCGUUUGACGGGCUGCCGUCUGGAACCUUGAUUGUCCUGGCGGCACUGUCAUUAGCACUGCUUGUUGCUGUACUCCGGAUCAAAUCUCAGGAAAGAACACGCUCAAAGGAAAUACCUGGGCUUCCUGUAGUGAAGCGAAACCAUCUGCAUUACCUCGAUAUCGUCAGGGAGGGGCGAGAGCUGUACCCCGGACAGCCCUUCAUGGCUGUGAACAAGCGUCACAGUCUUGUGGUGUUUCCGCCUUCGUGUUUUAAUGAAAUCAAGCGGCUUCCGGCACAUACCGCAUCUGCAAAAAAGUUCUUCAACACUACGAACUAUGGCGACUGGAGUCAUGUCGGCGAAGAGUCUCCAGAACUCAUCAAGUCAGUGAUUGCGGACCUGACACGGUCGCUUCCUGCACGAGUGCAUACUCGACAAGAUGAAUGCCGGGAUGUGUUUGACGAGGUAGUCGGGCGCCGACGUGAAUGGAAGGAGUUCCCUCUGCUAAUGACUACGUUCGAAAUCAUCACUCAAAUCAACGCCUGUUCUUUCGUCGGCAAAACACUCGCCACCAACAGGAGCUGGGUCAGGUCCGUGAUGAUGUUGCCCGUCUUCAUCCACGUCGGUGUGAUGCUGCUAGACGCUUGCCCUCUUAUCGUCCGGCCGUUCAUGGCCUAUCUUACAUUUCUACCCAGCAUCAAAAACCGAUGGGAUCUGACACGCAUGCUCGCUCCGGUUCUGAAGAAGGAUCUUGAGGAGUAUCACGAGGCGAAGGACAAGAAGGAAUUCUUGCGGCCGCGAGCCGAAGGAAAGGUGCCCUUCACUGGGUUUCUUCUCUCCCAUUACAAGUCGGCUCAAGCAUCCCUCAAGCAGCUGAUUUCCGACUACAUUCACCUCAGCUUCGACUCCACCCCCAACACUGCAGCGGUGAUGUUCCACGCCCUUUGCGAAUUGGCUAUUCAUCCCGAGGCUGUCGAGGCUCUGCGUCAGGAACUUGACGAGGUCAUGGUUGACGGAAAGCUACCUCCGACACAUCUUCAGGAGCUAAGGAAAAUGGAUAGUUUCCUGCGCGAGUGCUUCCGAUUACACCCUUUUGGUAUCUUCACGCUUCAACGCCGCGUCGAACAGCCCGUCCAGCUAUCGGUCGGCCCGCUCCUACCCCCGGGGACGCUGAUGGCAGUCGACGGGCAGGCAAUCGACGGGUCCUCGGAGUUGUGGCCGAACCCGGAAAAGUUCGACGUGUACCGCUUUUAUAACCUGCGUCAGAAGCUGGGCAACGAGAACCAGUACCACUUUGCGACGACCAGCCCGGAUUCGCCCGGCUGGGGCGACGGAACUCAGGCCUGCCCGGGCCGGUUCUUUGCCGUGAACACACUCAAGAUCGCCAUGGCGCACUUCCUUCGCAACUACGACAUUGAGAUUAAGCCAGAGUGCCUGCCGCUGAAAACCAAGCCCAUGCCGAGCGGGUUCUUUUCGCCCGACGACAGGGCGAUCGCACGCAUCCGGGCGCGAACUUGAGAUUGUCGUCCAAGAUCUUGCUAGGUUUUGGCCGUCGUCUUGGACUUCUGGCUACUUAAUGUGUCCCUCAUGGGGAAAACUGUACAUUACGGUAUCAAUUGAAGGGCGAGAUCGGAUGAGUCUUGGAAAAAGCAAAAAGCAAAAAAAAUGCGGAAUAUUUGCCGUGUAUUCGAUGCGCUUCUGUGGUUGUCUCUUGGGGAUAGGUGUCAUCCUUAGGGAAGGUGAUGGAUUCCUGUAAAAACACGAGCAUGUACGGCUCCUCCACCUUACACACUUCAAGGUAGCAUGGCGGGGAUUCAAGCAACGACGUUUUCCUACUUUAUCAUGUUAUGUAGGGUUGAGAGGUCUGACUUAAAGGUGUCUAGCCUUCUUAAGAACCAACGAAGCAAUUGAUUGUAUCGCUGCCCGUUCGGUUGACUGACGAAAAUAAGCUCCAAAAUAUGAAAAUACCAACCUUAGCUUGCAAUACGGGGACAAUACUUUGAGAGGUACUCAUCUGCU